AUGGCCGAUGGAUGGAGUACUGACACCGGGGAAACAGUCUACCGUUCCCGAGAUAGCGUCAAGAACCUUAAAAUAAAAGUCCAAAUCCAACGAGUUACUUCGACUGCGUCUUUAUCUCAAAAUCUUCAGCAGCAAGUGCUGGCUCAACAAGAGAGUGGUGUUAUCGAGCUCGAUACUUUUAACUCUCCGACGCAAACAGGUACAAGAAUAUCUGAUGAUGAAGAGCUGGUGGUUGGUUGGCAAGAAAAAUUCUUCAGUCAGUUUGAAAUGGAUCUGUACCAGACUGAGUCAGCCUGCCAUACACCACUGGAGCAACAAUACCACAAUGAAGUCACGGCGUUGAAACGCUCAAAACGGAGAAGAAAUCAACGUAUUUUCACCUAUACAGAUUUUGAUCGUUUCACAAACUGGGAAGAGCAAGCUCAGAGUCUGACGACACCAGCGAAGUCCACCCCAACCCUGUUAACAGAACGCAUGGCUAACGUUAGACACAGGAGACAAGAUAGGCGGCCAGCAGAAAUGAAUGUCCCAAAGUCUCGUCUGAUUGUUUGGGAACCAUCAGACGAAUUCAUGAAAAACAGUCACAUCAUCAAUACCCCAGUUCAAACAAUGCACAUCAUGGCAGAUCUGGGACCUUCUGGAAAGCUGGGCAUGAAGGAGAAUGAAUACUUAUUGUGUACCAUAAGAGCAGACAGCAAUGGAGUCAUCACUAUCAAACCAGACUUUAACAACGGCAGAGGCCCUUACAGACUGGAAACCGAAGGAGAGAAGAGGGAGGUCUGGCGUCUGUUUCUGGAAAACGCGUCAGCGUCCAUCAGUAAUGAGGAGAAAGAGCGUGAGCAGCGCAUGUACAGAGAUCUGUACAAUCGACAUAGAGAUUACCUCAACAGCCUCGUUGGGCAGGAAUUUGAAAUGCCUCCACCUGGUGUACUCCGCUUGAUCGUAAACGGAGAGAUUGUGUCUGCCAUGGGCUAUGAGUAUGAUAAUCUGUAUGUCCACUUCUUGCUGGAGUUGCCAAACAACUGGUCUAGUUUGCCCUUUCAGGCUCUGUCUGGCGUAACACAGACUUGUCGCACACGCGCUCUGGGAAAGGACAACGUGGCAUUCUUUUCAUACCCGUUCAGCUUUGAGGCUUUCUUCAAAAAGGAGGACGAAUCUGAUGAGUCAUUACCUCAGUGGCCAGUUCUCUACUUCAAAGUUCUGUCUCUGGAUUUCUGGCAGAGGUACAGAACAGAGGGCUACGGUUACCUUGUCUUACCCUCAAGCCCUGGGUACCACAAAGUCACAUGUCAGACAUGGAGGCCCUUGCAGAGUGGUACAGUGGCAGAGCUGAGGAGGUUUUUCAUAGGUGGAGCCCCUGAACUGGAGGAUAUCAGUUAUGUCAGAGUACCAGGCACUUUUAAGGGAGAUCGACUGAGUCGAUUUGGCUUCCGCACUCAGACCACAGGCAGUGUGACUUUUACUCUCAACUGCAUUCAGCAUGCCAGGGCUUUUGUUGACGCUAGCUCCCUGAAGAAGAGGAGACAAACUGUUUUGGACCAGCUUGGAGGCCACAGUCAACAAGGAUCUGUCUACAAUGUACUAGAGGCUUUCCAGAGAGCACGCAGGAGGAUGCAGGAGGCCAGAGAGAGUCUUCCCAGAGAUCUCAUCAGCACCACGAUACCACCCAACACUGAGUCCUCAGCCUGA